AUUUAAUAAAUUUUUUUAAUUCCAAAAAGUUGGGGUUGGUAAGGAAGCACAUGCUGGAGUUGCCCCUGGUUGUAAAAGCUUUUCAAUAUUUUCAUUACAAAUAUCCUGUGGUUGCUGCUGUUGAAGAACCUUGGGCCCACUUGGAGUUAUCUACUCUCUUUGGAAUUUUGAUAUCCUCCCAUUUAAUUAUGAUGCCUCCAAGUCUCCCUUUUGUUCUAUCUUUCAUAAUUUGAAUUCAGAAUCUACAUUCUACAACUUUUGUCUUAUUUGAGCAAAUAACAUAUUUGAAAAAUAAAAGAAGUACAUUUGUUAGCAAACUCUGCUUGAACUAAGAUUAGUCGCCUACUUCUCAGUUUAAGAAAUUUUGUUUUUCUAUCAUUUGUUUAUUGGUUUACUGAUCUUAUAAGUUUAUCAUAAAAAAGUGUUCUGCUUUGUUCUUGUUACAAUACAGAUUGCAGAUGUAUGGUCAUGUGGUGUAACAUUAUAUGUGAUGUUGGUGGGAGCAUAUCCAUUUGAGGAUCCUGAGGAGCCAAAGGAUUUCAGGAAAACAAUUCAAAGGAUUCUCAGUGUCCAGUAUGCCAUUCCAGAUUUUGUUCAAAUAUCUCAAGAGUGCCGUGAUCUGAUUUCUAGAAUUUUUGUUGCUGAUCCUGCAACUAGAAUCACGAUUCCUGAAAUUAGGAACCAUCCGUGGUUUUUGAAGAAUCUGCCUGCUGACCUUGUGGACGAAAAUACAAUGGGUAGCCAUUACGAAGAACCUGAUCAACCAAUGCAGAGCAUUGAUGUGAUCAUGCAGAUCCUUGCCGAGGCCUCCAUACCAGCUGUUGGGAAUGGGCUUAACCAAUGCUUGUUAGACAACUUUGACAUGGAUGAUGACAUGGAGGAUUUAGAUUCUGAAUCGGACCUUGAUGUUGACAGUAGUGGAGAGAUAGUUUAUGCACUGUAAUCACAGCUGCGAAUGAAACACUUAUUGACAAUUAGUAAUUCUGGGUGUAGUGGAAAUGUGAAUAUCUAGUUAAUAGAAAGUGUGGUAGGUACCACGGGCAAUUGUUGGUAUCAGUUGCCAUGCAAUCCUUGCGAAUCUUGAGUCGGCAUUGUUAGAAACAUGAAGCUUUUAUUCCUCUAUACGAGGAGAAAUUUGAUUGUCUCAUUGUGUGGUAA